UUUCAUCUAUCAACUAAACUUAUCUAGUAUAGUGGAGUGGUUUUUUUGGAACGACUGUAUUUUCGCCUUAGUUUAUUAAACAAAUAGAUUUAUACCACUUAUAACAUUAUUAUUGUUUCUUAAAAUCGCCUUCCUUCAAAAUGACUCUAGCUGAAUUUUUUGGUUGCACUUUAAUUGCAUUCGGCCCAGCGCUGCAUAUGUUUAUCUUCACCAUCGCCCACGACCCAGUUCGGAUUAUUAUUCUCAUAGCAGCUGCAUUCUUUUGGCUGCUUUCUUUACUCAUAUCGUCACUGUUAUGGUUUUCAGUGGUUCCUUUGCGGGAGCACCUGGCGUUUGGUGUGACAUUUUCGAUAUUGUUUCAGGAAUGUUUUCGGUAUUUCAUAUACAAAAUACUUCGAAGCACGGAAAAUGGCUUAAGGGAAGUUGCUGAUGAUUCUCGGGUCACGGAUAAUAAACACAUCCUAGCUUAUGUAUCCGGCCUGGGAUUUGGAAUAAUCAGUGCAGCUUUCGCACUAGUCAAUGUUCUAGCUGAUAUGACUGGUCCAGCUACAAUGGGCCUCAAAGGUGGCACCCAAGUUUUCUUCGUGGUCUCUGCUGCUCAAGCUCUCUCCGUAAUUUUACUACACACAUUUUGGAGUGUGAUUUUCUUUAAUGCCAUGGACACAUCGAAGUAUCUUCACAUUGCCUAUGUCAUCUGUACUCACUUGCUCGUGUCUGGGAUAACACUUUUGAAUGCAUACGAACUGUAUGCCACAACACUUAUAGCAAACUUUUGCAUUACCCUUGUAACUGGUUUGUUGGCAUUUAAUGUAGCUGGUGGAUCGAUGCUGUCGUUUAAGAGAUUCAUCACUUGCAGAUAAACUAACUAAGUAAAGUAAUCUAAUCAUAAUGCACCUUAAAUUUAGCCUAUUCCAUCUUUUAUUUUAUAAAACUAAGCAUUAUUUGUAAACAAAGUAUAUGAAUGUACAAGAAAUUAAGACGUUAACCAAAUAAAUGACAAAAAAAAAAACAAAA